AUGGAAGCCAUCGAAGCGAGACGUCGUCAAGUUCCGAAUCUCGGAGGAGUUGGUGCAGUCGUUGGUGCUGGACAAGUUCGCGUUUAUCGUGUCCGCAAUCUUAUCGGGCGUCAUUUUCUCCAGUGUCCGUACUGUCUCGAGAGGGUUAGGUCUGAAAGACAGUACAAUGCUCACUUGGAAGCGUGCUUUGCUCUUCAUCAGUAA